CUUUGUUGAAAAGGGGGAAAGGAAAUUAGUAUUUCAGAAAGAACAUUCGGUGCUUGCAGAAGAGUGAGAAAUGAAUAAUUUCCAAAUGGAUCUGUCUCCUCUUGGCUCCCCAGCAAGCAUUAUAGAAAUGGUUGCCUCGCAGCUGGCUUGUAGACCAGUGGAUGAACAAGUUGCUUUGCACUUAGACGAAGAAGACGGGCUGAAACACCUCCGUCAGUGCUUCCAUAUUCCCAAAGUGAAGGAUCUGCCUCCAACCAACCCAGCUCUAGUGAAGGCGAAUGAAAAUUGCAUCUACUUUGCUGGUAACUCUCUUGGUCUCCAGCCAAAGAAAAUCAAAACUUACUUGGAUGAAGAACUUGACAAGUGGGCCAAAGCAGGUGUUCAUGGGCAUUUCUAUGGUAAACGUCCUUGGGCUUUAGCAGAUGAAUGCAUCGUGGAACUUAUGGCUGAUAUUGUGGGGGCUCAUAAAGGAGAGAUAGCAUUAAUGAAUGGCUUGACAGUUAAUCUACAUCUCCUAAUGUUAUCAUUUUUUAAGCCUACACCAGAUCGCCAUAAAAUCCUCCUGGAAGCCAAAGCGUUUCCCUCUGACCAUUAUGCUGUUGAGUCUCAACUCCAGUUUCAUGGGCUCAGUACUGAGAAGAGCAUGCUUAUGAUACAGCCGCGUGAGGGGGAAGAAACCUUGAGAAUGGAAGAUAUCCUUGCGAUAAUUGAAAAGGAAGGGGACUCUGUUGCUGUAAUUCUGUUCAGUGGCGUGCAAUAUUACACAGGACAGCUGUUUGAUAUCCCAAGAAUCACCAAGGCUGGUCAUGAGAAGGGUUGCUUUGUUGGAUUUGAUCUAGCGCAUGCUGCUGGAAAUGUGGAAUUGCAUUUGCAUGACUGGGAAGUAGACUUUGCAUGCUGGUGUUCUUACAAGUAUCUGAAUUCGGGAGCAGGAGGUCUAGCUGGUGCUUACAUUCAUGAAAAACAUUUCCAGUCUGUGAAACCAGCGCUAAACGGAUGGUGGGGUCAUGAAUACAAAACCAGGUUUCACAUGGAAAACAAAUUGCAACUUAUUCCUGGAAUCAAUGGAUUUCGAUUAUCAAAUCCUCCUAUUUUAUUAGUGUGUGCUCUUCAUGCUAGCUUAGAGUGUGACAUGCGGGAACCCAAUGCUCUUCGUGUGGCCCCUGUUCCUCUCUACAAUUCCUUCCAUGAUGUGCACAGAUUUAUUGAAAUCCUGGGAUCUGCAAUUACAUCUGUAAAGCAACGAGCAAAAACUGCAGCACUUUCCUGAUCUUAUUGAUGGUGCAGCUGUAUCUUUUAAUAUAUUCCUGACUAAGAUGCAUCAAUGCUUUUAAGCAUUUUUGUUUGCUUGUUUCUACUAGACUGAGCUAUAUUCCACCAAUUUGUCCCCAAAGAUUGAUUUUGCUUGGAUAGUUAUUUACAAUAUACUUUUUAUUAAAACUCGUAUUUCCACUCA